ACAAAACAAUAAAAUUCUCUUAUCCACCUUUUAAAAUUUGAAAAUAUCUGUCAUCCAAACAAAAAAGAAAAACCAUAGAUCACAAAACCUAAGACAGGUGUCCUUUGAUUAAAACCAUAUGAUUCUCAUCCAAUCACACAAACCAACAGUCACCUUCCCUGGCAUUUCUAGAAGCUAAGUCAUCACAACCCUUUUCAAAAAUGGAUUAAAUAAGGAUAGAAAGAAAGAAAGAAAGAAAGAAAGAAACGUAAACUUACAAAUUUCUUUUCUUCAAAGCAAUUUAUUCUAUUGAUUUGAGACUUUUUCUUGUUUAUUCCCAAAUCUGACUUCUACCCUUUUCUUUUCUCUAAAUCAGUUUGAUACACUUUUCAUCGAUUGUCGAAUAAACCCUAAUAUUCUCAUCUAAUUUGAUCUGGGUUUUUACUGUUCAUAACAAUGGCUGAAAUUGUUAGCAAAUCCAGCGUUUUCUCUUCUACAACUUUUCAUCAUCAUCAUAAUCAUAGUAAACUUAGAAAAAUUCGCAUUAGAUGUUCAGUUCCUGUAGGAAAUCGAAGUAGAUUAGUUGGGUUUUCCUCUUUGAACAGUAGUUUUGUUGAUGGAAGAACUGCUGUUGAUCAGACUGGUAAUCUUUCGUCUCAUAGAAGGAGGAGCCCUCAAUCAGUUCAAGCUAAGUUGGGUCUUAGCAUCGGAAAAUCACAGAGAUGGUGGGAAAAAGGACUUCAACCAAAUAUGAAAGAAAUAAAUUCGGCAGAAGACUUAGUGGAUUCAUUGCUAAAAGCUGGAGAUCAGUUGGUAGUCGUUGAUUUUUUCUCACCUGGAUGUGGAGGCUGCAAAGCUCUUCAUCCUAAGAUAUGUCAGUUUGCCGAGAUGAACCCUGAUGUUCAGUUUCUUCAAAUUAACUACGAGGAACAUAAAUCAAUGUGUUAUAGCCUUAAUGUUCAUGUUCUUCCCUUCUUCCGGUUCUAUAGAGGUGCUGAAGGUCGUGUUUGCAGCUUCAGCUGUACAAAUGCCACGAUCAAGAAAUUCAAAGAUGCUUUGGCCAAGUAUAGCCCAGCAAGAUGCAGCCUCGGGCCAACAAAGGGACUAGAGGAGAAGGAACUCCUUGCUCUUGCUGACAACAAAGACCUUUCAUUCACAUACACACCAAAGCCCGUCGAAACGGAACUCACAUCCACCCAACAAGAAGUCACCUUUGUAGCAGAAAAAUCCCAGUCUUCUCCGGACAAGGAGCCUCCAAGCUCACCAUCGACGUUGAAAUCAUCUCAAGACAGCCAAGAGAAAACUCUAGUCACUGCUGGUAGAUGAUUUUUAGUGUCUAUCCAGCAAUUUACGGCCUGUACAGUAUGCUAAAGUAUGCUUUUGGGUAUGUUUUUUUAGUCCCAUGUAAAAAGGAAGUAUGAGAUGCGGCAGUUGUUGGGUUCGUUUUUUCCGUCCAAGCUUGCCACAUCUGUGGAAAUGUACCUGAAUUAGGUCUGCAGGAUGCAGCCUGUAGUUUGUGUUUUUAGACCUAAUGAGUUAUGUGGGGAUGUUUUAUAGAACCCUCAUGUACGGUUCUUGUGCUCAACAGCUCAAGUAGUUUUUCAUGUGUAAGCUGUAAGUUGUAAUAAUAUGUGGAAGCACACAGGUAUGAUCUGUUCGCUACCUUCCUCCCUCGAA